AAGCUUUCUUUAUAGUUGCCAAAGUGUGCCAGAUCUAGAUGAGGACGUGUUGUUGAGAAAUCUUCCCGUUGUGUAACUUUCCCCCAUUGUCUUCUGUUGUAUAAAGAGACGAGCAGACAGGCAUCAGACUGAGCUUGCAGUUGCAGCCUUUUCAAAGAUGAAGAAGUUGAUGAUCGACGUGGACACCGGUGUGGAUGAUGCCAUGGCCGUCAUGAUGGCCCUGGCCGCACCUGAUGUUGAGAUUUUGGGCAUCACCUGCACACAUGGUAACACAAGUUUGGAAAACGUCCAAAAGAACACGCUCAGGGUGCUGCAGAAGUGCAAUAAACUGGAUAUCCCGGUGUACCGUGGCCUCGCCAAGCCUCUAUUGGCUAAGAAACGUGAGGCCUCGGACUUUCACGGGAAGGAUGGGCUGGGGGAUUCCCCCGAUCCGGAUGCACCAGGUCUGGAGCUGAUACAGAAGAGGAAAGCUCCUCAGGCCAUAAUCAAGACCGUGAAGGCGAACCCUGGAGAGGUGACUAUUGUUUGCACAGGGCCCCUCACCAACCUGGCUGUGGCUGUACUACUGGAGGACACGCUCCCUAAAAAAGUCAAGGCCCUCUACAUCAUGGGAGGAAACACCGAAUCCAGAGGUAACACCACAACCUGUGGAGAGUUUAACUUUGUUGCAGAUCCUGAAGCUGCACACAUUGUGUUGGAGCGCUUCUGCCACUGCCCCAUCGUCAUCGCCACCUGGGAGUUCAGCUGCAGAGCCAGUCUGCCCUGGUCCUUCUGUGAUGAAUGGCUCGCCCAGGACACGGACAAAGCUCGCUUCAUGGAGAAGAUUUACCGUCACACCAGGAAGAUGGUGCAGACAGAGCGGUAUGAGAAGGAGCUGGUGGGCGGUUCCGCCUUCAACGGUUGCGAUUGUUACGCCAUGGCUGCAGCCAUCGACGACACUGUGAUGACGAAGAAUGAAGAGGUUGCAGUGACGGUGGAGCUGAAGGGGGAACACACCCGUGGCAUGAUGGUGGUGGACCAUAUGGAACUGCUGAAGAAGAAACACAAGGCCACGAUCAUGAGGACAGUUGACCUGGAGAAGUUCAAACAAAUGUUAAUGAAUGCACUCAAAUAAGGAUGAGGUCAAAGUCACUGCAAAGCAUAAACAAACAGGGUCAAACCACUUCUUUACAAAAUCUUAAAUCCUUUUCUUAUUCUGUUUUCUUGUAGGUUGAUAGGCAAAGAAAUACUUGGCCUGUAAUUGAGGAAUGGCACAAGCUUUGUAAUAAAUCAUCCAUCUAGUCAGGAUACAUGGAUAGAGGACAUUUUUAAAGGACCACUGCAUGCUUCUUAGCCAAAAAAUCUGCUUACACCUAAAUUUUUAACCUAAUGCUUUUAAUAAAAAAGGGCUUGGCAUCACUUUUUGUGCAUUUUAACAGAACUUUGCCUUAAUGUGCACUUGAUUCUUGGGUAAUAAACAUGAUCUUUCUAA